GAACACAUGCAGGAGUUUUGCUUGGGGAUAGCGGAUAUGGCCUGAGAAGAUAUCUUCUAACACCUAAACAAAAUCCCAUGACAGAGUCUGAAAGGCGUUACAAUAAUUACCAUGCCAGGGGAAGAGUGGUUAUUGAAAGAGCGUUUGGUGUGCUGAAAUCUAGAUUUCGAUGCCUACACAAAUCUGGUGGUGUACUUCCAUUCAACCCUACAAAAAGUGCUCAUGUUGUUGUGGCCUGUAUGAAGCUGCAUAAUCUGUACAUAACGUUCAACGUGAAGGAACCACAGGAUGCAGUCCAUGUGAAUGAGCUGGCAAAUGAGGAUGUCUUAAAUGAGCAUGAUGACAAUGCGCAUUCAUUUAGACAGGCAAUCAUUAACAUGUUUUGAAUGACUGGUUAUAAGCACGUUGUAAUUUUGAAUAGCUGUAGUUAAACAAUUCAAUUCAAAUUGAUAUGAUCUGUUUUGUUUACAUAAAAGUUUACUGUAUUUAUGCCCCCCUUCGAAGAAGAGGGGGUAUAUUGUUUUGCACAUGUCGGUCGGUCCGUCCACCAGAUGGUUUCCGGAUGAGAACUCAAGAACGCUUAGGUCUAGGAUCAUGGAACUUCAUAGGUACAUUACUCAUGCCUGGCAGAUGACCCCUAUUGAUUUUUAGGUCACUAGGUCAAAUCGUAAAGGUCACAGUGACUCGAAAUAGCAAAAUGGUUUCUGGAUGAUAACUAUAGAAUGCUUACGCCUAGGAUCAUGAAACUUCAUAGGAACAUAGAAUAUAAUUGGGCAGA